AUGCCCUUCCUGACGCAACCCUCACCAUUUAUCCGCGCUUGGGACAAGCACUAUAAACACGGCUUCGUGUACCCUAGUGGCUGGCUUGACCUGGAGAUUCGCAAAGAGCGACGCAUCAUCCUGGACUGUGAACAGGACAAAGUCAAAGACAUCAUGGAGCAGGUCAUCACCAUAGGCAGACAUGUCAAAGGAUACCACUACAUCAUUGCCAACCUUGGUUUCCUUGAUGGAGACCUCUCCAAAAUCCAGUAUGGAGGUGCAAAUGUGUCAGGCUUCCAGAUCGUAGACUUCGAUGACCCUGUGGUGGCAAAGUUUGACCAGCGAUGGGAAGCUCUGGAGGAGAAGGAGUAUCCAGGAGCUGACAUAAGAAUCAGAUACACCUCCGCCCUCACCUACGACGCCGUCCACGUCAUGACCGAGGCGUUCCGCUUCCUGCACAAACAGAGAAUAGACCUGAACCGUCGUGGGAAUACAGGGGACUGUCUGGCCAACCCUGCGGUGCCGUGGUCACAGGGUGUGGAAAUAGAACGCGCCCUCAAACAGGUUCGUGCGGAUGGUUUAACAGGAAACAUCCAGUUCGACCAGUAUGGGAAGAGAAUCAACUACUCGGUCACCGUAAUGGAGCUGAAGAACAAUGGACCUGUGAAGAUUGGCUACUGGAACGAGGUGGACAAGAUGGUGGUGACAAAGUCAGACCUUUAUCCCAAUGACACCAUGGGAAUGGAAAACAAGACUGUUAUCGUGACAACUAUACUGGAGGCCCCCUAUGUUAUGCUGAAAAAAAAUGCCGAGAUGUUCCAAGACAAUGAGCGUUAUGAAGGUUACUGCGUUGACCUGGCGGCAGAGAUUGCUAAACACUGUGGCAUACGCUACCAGUUAAAGAUUGUGGGAGAUGGUAAAUAUGGAGCUAGAGAUGCGGAAACCAAGAUCUGGAAUGGUAUGGUCGGAGAGCUUGUGUAUGGGAAAGCUGAUAUAGCAAUCGCCCCACUGACGAUCACGCUGGUCCGUGAGGAGGUGAUUGAUUUCUCCAAACCCUUCAUGUCUCUGGGAAUCUCCAUCAUGAUCAAGAAGCCACAGAAGUCCAAACCUGGAGUCUUCUCUUUCCUGGACCCACUGGCUUAUGAAAUCUGGAUGUGCAUUGUCUUUGCCUACAUAGGAGUUAGCGUUGUUCUCUUCUUGGUAUCCAGAUUCAGCCCUUAUGAAUGGACAUUAGAGGAGCCAGAGGAUGGCGCUCUGCCGCUAACCACAGAAUCCACGAAUGAGUUUGGGAUUUUUAACUCCCUGUGGUUCUCUCUGGGAGCUUUUAUGCGUCAGGGUUGCGAUAUCUCCCCCAGGUCUUUGUCAGGUCGUAUCGUAGGGGGUGUCUGGUGGUUUUUCACUCUGAUCAUCAUCUCCUCAUAUACUGCCAACCUGGCCGCCUUUCUGACAGUGGAAAGGAUGGUCUCGCCCAUCGAAAGUGCUGAGGACUUGGCCAAGCAGACAGAAAUUGCUUAUGGGACACUGGACUCUGGAUCCACCAAGGAAUUCUUCAGGCGCUCAAAGAUCGCCUUGUUCGACAAGAUGUGGCAGUACAUGAAGUCGGCGGAACCCUCCGUGUUUGUCAAGAAAACGUCCGAGGGCGUCUUGCGCGUCCGCAAGUCCAAGGGGAAGUACGCCUACCUGCUGGAGUCCACCAUGAACGAGUACAUCGAGCAGAGGAAGCCCUGUGACACCAUGAAAGUGGGCGGGAACCUGGACUCCAAAGGCUACGGCAUCGCCACGCCUAAAGGAUCACCAUUAAGAAACGCGGUGAACCUGGCGGUGUUAAAGUUGAACGAGCAGGGCCUGCUGGACAAACUGAAAAACAAGUGGUGGUAUGACAAGGGAGAAUGCGGCAGCGGUGGAGGGGAGAGCAAGGAGAAGACCAGCGCUCUGUCUCUCAGUAAUGUAGCAGGUGUCUUCUACAUCCUGGUCGGAGGUCUGGGUCUGGCAAUGAUGGUGGCCCUGGUGGAGUUCUGCUACAAGAGUCGCGCCGAGGCCAAAAAGAUGAAGGUGGCAGCCAACACCUUGUCGUCCCCCCAGCACACAGGAAACUACACACACACUCUGUCUUCUCCUCAACACGCCCCCAACUACAACCUGCUGUCCCCCAGCCACCAGCCAAACUAUGCCACCUAUAAAGAGGGCUACAACGUUUACGGCAUUGAGAGCGUCAAGAUCUAAACACGGAUGAAAUUUACAGAUGCGAUGCGCUCCAAAGCCCGUCUGUCCAUCACAGGAUCGACUGGCGAGAAUGGCCGUGUUCCGGUGGCUUAUC